GGCUGCUCGUGGUUACCGCAAUGUCUGCCCUCAGUCAAGAUGGCGUUGGACCGCACAAACCCAGCCUGUGCCCUCAGCAAAGAUGGCGGCACCCCCAUAGAUUUCUAGCGUACCCGCCGCCAGUGCCCUUCCAGGUCGGCCUCAGCGGCUUCACAGUCGGGUAUACAAGAUGGCGGAAGCGGCUGCGGUCGUUUGAAUUCCAACGAAGCCGCCAAACUCGGACAAUAACAACCGGAGUCGCCGCCGCUGGAGGGUCCCUGCAGGGCUCGGCGCCGCCAUGGACUCGCUGCCGGGGGAGGACCUCACCCUGCCCGUGGAGUUUAGCGGCAGCGUCAGUAUUUCCAGACUGUCAGAUGUCUCCAGAGAUGAACCUCGCAUUGGCCUGGGAAUUAGUGGAGCGUUACUGGAUGUGGCGGAAGAUGCAAUUUCACCAACCAGAGCUCGGACCAUGAAGGAUUAUGAAAAUCAAAUAACUGACCUGAAAAAAGAAAACUUCAACCUAAAGCUUCGUAUAUAUUUUCUGGAGGAGCAAAUGCAGCAGAAAUUUGAUGGUCCAACUGAAGACAUCUACAAAAUUAAUAUUGAGCUGAAGGUUGAGGUAGAAAGUCUGAAACGUGACCUGCAGGAGAGGGAAAAACUGCUCAUCAAAGCCUCUAAAGCAGUUGAAAGCUUGGCUCAAGGUGGUGAUGCUGAAAUACAGCGUGUGAAAGAAGAGGCUCGUAAGAAAGUACAACAAGUGGAAGAAAUUCUCACCAGCAGAAUAAACCUUUUGGAAGAGAAUCUUAAAGCUGCCCAAGAAGAAGUGGAAAAAGCCUUUGCAGUGACAGAGAGGGAGAAGGUUCUAAGAUUGGCUGUCGAACAAAAACUCUCUGGAGUUACAAAUACGCAUCUGAAGGAGCUGGAUAGUAUUACAGAACUGCCAGAAAAAGACAGACUUAUAGAGCAACUGACUCUGUCUCUGAAAAGUAAAGAAGCUAUAAUUCAGCACCUUGAAGAGGAAAAGUCUCAAAGUGAAUCUUGUGAUGGGAACUUACCUGCAGAAAAAAUCAGAGAACUUACUGUUGCUUUGAGGCAUGAAAAAGAUAGUGAGAUAGAGGCUAUUAAAAUGGAACUUAGAAAUGAGAGAAAUUUUUUUGAAAAAAAAAUCCAGUCUCUUCAAGAAGAACUACGAGAGAGGGAGAAUGAGCUUAGUAUUGAAAAGAAAAAUGGUUUGAAAAGGGAUAAAACCAUUCAAGGCCUAACUCUUGCAUUAAAAACAAAGGAAAAAGAGAAUGAAGAACUUAAUUCUGAAAUUGAAAAUCUAAAUGUUUCAUUGGCUAAGGCAAGAGAGGCCACACACAAAGCUCAGAUCCAGAAAUUCAAGGGUGCUGAGGAUUAUCAAGCUCUCUUGAUGGAAAAAGAAACCCUGCUAGCAGAGCUGCGUUCCGAAAACCUUACAAAAGAUACGGAGAACCGUAAACUACAAAGGAGGAUUAAAAGGACUGAUCAAGAGCUGAAUGAUUUGAAUCUAGAGAGAGAGAAAAUGGAGAGGGAACUGGAUGAAGCACAGCUACAGAAGAGCAGAGGCGACAAAACCAUUAAUGACCUUAGAAAUCAGCUAGAGAAAUUACAUGGUGAAAUGACUGAGAGAGAAAAAGCAGUGGAACAUCAUUACAAUAUUCUUUUGAGUGAAAGCAAUCAGAAGUUGCAGAGUCAAGAACUAGUUAUCAAGCGACUAACAGACAGUGUCAGUCAAAAGGAUCUAUUGCUUCAGAAACUCGAUGCAGCAAUUAAAGAAAAGGAUGUAGAACUUCAAGAACUUAUUAAGAAGUGUAAAAACCUUUUAAAAGCUAAAGAAGAUCUUGAGUUGAAGAAUGAAGACUUAAUAAAGGAAAAAUGUGCUUCCGAGUCUCAGCAGUCAAUCAUCAAGAUUGUCAAAGAGCUGGAGGAAAAAAAAGAAUCUGAAUAUGAAGAGUUGAUUCUUGUUUUAAGAAAAGAGCAGCACAUUUAUUCUACUCUAGUGAAGACUCUGAAAGACUCAGACAGUAUAAAUAGCUUGCAAACAGAGUUGAACAAUAUUUUUUUGUUGCGAAAACAACUGGAGGAAGAUAUUGUAGCUAAUCAGAAUCUACGGAAGGUGCUGGAGGAUCAAAUUAAGAACACAAAAAACAGAGAAGAUGAAACCUUUUCUUUUUGUGGAGAUCAAACAUCUUAUAUGAGUAUUUGCCUAGGAGAGCACGAUCAUUUAAACCUACAGGUAGACCAUCUGUCUCUUGAAGAACUUAAAAAAAAGGUUGCUGAACUCAUCUUGAUGGUUAAGGACCUGCAUUCAGUUAACCAAGAGCUAAAGAAAAAACAACUUAGACUCUCCAGAUCAGAGACUCAGGGGAAAGAAACACUGAAAAUAAUAAACCAGAAUGAGUUUCUUGAAAGAACAGAGGAAACCAUGACGCAAGCUGGAGAUUUUGACAAUAAGAAUGCAGAGAGCUGUCAACGUUCUGAGAGGACCAGUGAGGCAUGUCCUCAGUUGCCGUUGGAUCAUCCUCUUGAUCUGGAUAUGCAGAUACCUCCUUCAGACUAUUCAGAUGGCGUCUGCAAAGAUAGACAUUAUAGGAAUCCAAAUAAGCCUCGGUUUGAACAUGAUAUUGCUGGCAAACACUUUGGCAGAAUCGAGAUGGGUGAACAUGAAGUAGAAGAGAUGAGCCUGCUCACAUCUCUUUUAAAUGAAAAUGGAACAUCUGUACUUGAAUCUAGCAGACAAGAACAAAUGAAAAUCGUAAUUUCACUGUUAGAUCAUCUGAGCACAACUGAGCAAGACUGUUCAAGUGAAGAUAUAGAGAAUAAGGAUGAAAAAGAUCUUAGGCAAAUGAUUAUUCAACUAAGAGCUGAACUGAGACAUUUCAAGCAGGUCAAUAAAAUCUUAAAGCAGCAAGUAGAAUUGAAAUCAACUUCUGAUGGAAAAGAGAAGCUUUAUCCCGAUACAGCUCCACAGGUUAAUAAGGAUAUUGAAUUGUUAAAAGUGGAAUUGAAAGAUACAGCUACACAAACAAUGACUAUAGAGGGUAAUGUCAUGAGACUCAAACAUGAAGGCAAAAGAGGCGCCUCAGAAGAAAAAACAAAAUACUCAAGAUUAAAUGCAGAACCUCAACAGGAAAAUGCAUAUAAGAAGGGUGAGCAGCAUGAGAGCCUUUCUGUUACAAGUAGAACAAAUAAAAGCGAUUUCAUUUAUCCAUUCAAGAAAUCCCGUUUACCCAUUCCAUUAAAAUCAUCUAGAUCAUUAGGAAACAUUCCCUUAACUUCCUGCACGCAGAAGCCAGACAUGCAUCUGCAGCACCGGCUCAUGGCACUUGAUGAAGGUCUGAAGGAACGUAAAAUACAAAACAAACAACUUCACAAAGAGUUAUCUUUGUGCGGGUCUGUAAUUGAAACUGUGCAAGAGAAGCCCGAAGAAGAAAGAGUAUUGGUGAGAGCUGAGUCAUUGGUCAGAAUGGAUUGCAAAGAGAUCCCGGUGGAUUCGCAGGCGGCUGGAUUUGAUACUCAUGACAAAAAUGAAAAUAAGAUCGUCACGGAUCAGAGAACCAGUCAAGAAACAGAAAUGCCUCAUAACAUUAGCGACAUGAAUAUUUUACAUUCACUGAAAGAGCUAAAUAAAGAGUUUUAUUCCAUGGAUAACCAGGACAUUGACUCAGCUACAACAAAUUCAGGUUCCAAGAGUCUGCUUUCUCUCAAACUGAGUGUACCAAGUACAGACGCAUUUGAUGACUAUGAAGUCAUAGACGACCUAGAAGAAUUGAGACAAAGAAUUAAGGAUAUGAAGUCUGAGCUUGAAAAGUACAAAAUGUUCAUAUUUCAUUUGCAGCCCACUAAUCCUUUUUUGUCCAGUGAUAUUUUUAAUAUAGUUUUGAAUGAUGCUGAAUUGCCCAUUGAAAGACAUGUUAUACAAAUGCAAGAUACUGAUGGACAAGAGACCCAAACAUUUUCUACAGUACAUCAGCAAGUGGAUUAUGAAAUCCGCAUUGAAAACCUGAAUUCACAGUCUGCAGAAACACCUGAUGAACAAACAUCACAAAACCUUAAGCAGCUAUUAUUAGAAAAUGAGGCUGAACUUGAAAGAGAGCAAAUUGCAAAUAUGCAUCUUCUCGAUGAAGUAUAUCGUCUGCAAAACAAACUUAGAGAAACAUCACCAUCCAAAUAUGAUUCAUUAGUUCAUUCCCAAGCUCGAGAGCUCUCCUUUCAACGCCAGCAAAUUAAAGAGAUCCACAGCAUCUGUGUCACCUAUCAUCAACAUCUGACCAGCCUUAUUAAAGCUUUUGAGGAGCUGCUUCAAGCCAGCGAUGUUGAUUAUUAUGUUGCUGAGGGCUUUCGUGAACAGCUGAAUCAAAGUGUGCAACUUUUUGAGAAGCUGGAAAAGAAGUUUCUAUAUGGAGAAUCAUUGGAUGCAGAAGUUGCCAAACUUUAUGAAUUAGCACAAAGGGAUAAUGAGAAGACCACCACAAUGCACCAGCAGCUUAAGGAUGAGUCACCUAUACCAUCUGCUUUUCAUAGCUUGUCUGACUUUGAAAUGUCAGAAAAGUCAUCUAUUGGAUCACCUGAACCUAAACAAGACCUACUGGAGGAAGACAAACUGGCACUUGUGCCAAGCAAGUUUCCCCCAGCGUUAUUAAUGGAGCAUCUUCAAGAAAUUCGAUCUCUGAGACAACGUUUAGAAGACUCCAUUAAAACUAAUGAGAGAUUGAGGCUGCAGCUUGAACGACAAGUAACAGAUAUUGAACUAAAUCAAGGUUCUGCAAACAUUUUUAUCCAUGGCUCAGAGCAGCAUAAUUCCCUGACUUCUGAAAUUCAUUUCCUGAGGAAGCAAAAUCAAGUUCUGAAUGUAAUGCUCGCAAAAGGAUCUAGAGACAAACAAAAGGAAAAUGAAAAGUUAAGAGAAUCCCUCUCUAAGAAGAAUGCAAUCAUUGAACAUCUUCACCAGGAUUAUGAGUGCUUCAAGAAAGAAAAUGAAAAGUUGCAAAAACAAAUUGGCAAAAAGGAGGAUGAAAAUAGACAUUUGACUCACGAGAUUUACAGCAGUCAUAAUGAAUUAAACAGGUUGCAGACAGAAAUGAAUGUAAAGCAACAUCAGCUGUCUGAGAAUGACAAAUUACUGCAGUCACUCCGAGUUGAGCUAAAGGUGUAUGAAAAGUUGGACGAAGCAAGGAGAAGGAGAACAGACAUCUUGGAUCCUGGACAUGAAGAAUUCCAAAAAGAUCAAAAUAAUCCACUUGACUUACAUGAACUAUUGACUGAAAUACAGAGUUUGCGAGUGCAGCUUGAAAGAAGCAUAGAGACAAACAAGACUUUGCAUGAAAAAUUGGAGGAGCAGCUUUCAAAAGAAAAGAGAGAAGAAGCGGCCUCAGUGUCAGCUGUGAAUAUCAACUACCUUUUAAAACGAGAUUCACAGCAUUAUACAAGAAUGAACGAGGUGGGUCACAAAUUCUCUGAUCCAAGCAGUAAUGUAUGCGAAUUACAAAAUUGUGGACAUGGCGCAUCACCAGGAAAAGCAGGUACACCCAAGGACAAGAACAUCAUAAACAAGCAGAUGUUCUGUAUCCCAGAGACACAACUAGCAGCUAAAGAUGAUUUAGACAGCUCUUCGCGGUGCAGUAGCAGCUCAUCCACUGGCACAUCAUGCACCCCUCGUCUUGUUCCUGGUCAUCGUAUGUGGGCAGACAAAAAUGGACGCCAUAUCCUUGGCUUGAUUGAGGAUUACAAUGCUCUACGGAAGCAGAUCUCAGAAGGGCAAAAGCUGGUAUCAGAAAUGGAGGCUCCUCUUAGAGAGAUCACUGGGAUGAAAAACCUGGAACCUGGAGUAAAGGUUCCCGACCAGGAAUCACUGAAUAACUUUUCUGCAAACAUUCACACAGUACAGCAGAAUUUAGAAGAGGCUGCACGUUUAUUGAAACUUCUCUGGAGAGUUUCACUUCCUAUGAAAGUUGUCCACAGUACUGCUCACUGCAGUCAGGAGGAAGGAAUGAAGGCAGAAAUACUUAGACUCCAUAAGAAAUUGUCCGAGCAGGAGAAGAAGCUACAUAGUACUGUCAAACGCUUGCACUCUACCAACCAGCUGAAGGAAAAUAUGGAGAAAGUCAUCAUUGAUCAGUUGGCUUUAACCCAUGAUGUUUUAAAGAAGGCUAGAGGAAACCUAGAAGUUCAGCCAGCUGAAAAUCAAAAAGCAGCUUCACAUACCAAUAAGAAAAGGAUUCUGUGAAGGAGAAAGUUCUACUAAUAAAGCCUGUUCCUUCAUGUGAUCAUUGUGUAGGCUUCCUUGCAGUUUAAGCCUUAAUACUGGUUGGUUUAAAAGAUUCUCUGGGCACUUCAAUAGCUGACACCAUUUGACAUAACUAUUGGGAAGUAACUUAUUUAACAUAAGGUAAAGAUUGGUUUUGAAUAUUUAUUGCAUGAAUAGGUACUGGAGCUGUUGAAGAAAAGUACAGAAAGUGUUUAAAAUGAACUCAUCUGAAAUUUUUUACUUUUUUGUUAUGCUGUAAUUUUUUUUUUAAGUAGAUGCAUUCUGUUUCUUCUUGUGGUACGAUAUUUCCUAGUGCCUAAAAGACUUAGUCAAGGUAGUUAGCCAUCUCCAAACUUCUUUUACAAUGAAUACUUGCAGCAGGUUAACAGAUUUUCUUUAGGUCUUACAUCACUGGAUUUUAGAACUAUGGGAAGCUUUCAGUAUUUUAAAGCAUUGUCAAUAUGUGCAUGAAGGAUUUUGCUGGGAGCUACCUGAUGUUGAGCUAACAUUCUAAAGUAGCAAUUAGAAUCUGAUGGUAGGUCUGAAAAUGUGAAUUAAAAUCAGACGUUUGUUAAA